AUGUUCGCCGCCACCGGUGUACCGGCCUACAUCAGGACCGACGUAGGGCCCCAGUUCAGCGCCCGGCUCACCCGUGAGUUCUUCCGCCGGUGGGGUGUGGACCAUCAACAGUCGACACCUCACUACCCGCAGUCCAACGGGCACGCGGAGGCGGCCGUCAAGGCCGUCAAGCGGCUCGUGCAGAAAACCACCGCCGGCGGAGACCUGAACACGGACGAUUUCACAGCCGGUCUGCAGGAGCUGAGAAACACCCCGCGGACGGACGGCCGAUCUCCAGAGCAGAUCUUGUACGGUCACCCGCUGCGCUCAGCCGUCCCGGUGCACCACCGUACGUUCGCUCAACGCUGGCGGGAGGCCGCGGACGACUGCGAUACCAAGGCGGCAGAACUUCUGGAGCGCUCCGUAGAGCGGUGUGACGAGUCGGAGGACAAUGUGGCGACCAGCGACGGUCAGAAUCACGGAGUGGAUGGACCAGAUGAUGGCGCCGCCGGCGCCUUGCCCAGUGAGCACCUGACGUGCCCCGAUGACGCCGGAGACGAGGACCGCUCAGCGCUGAGCACCGCCGAGCCAGAGGUCGCCAAUGACAGCGCGUCGCCCAGCUUGAUAUACGUGGACCGGUACGAGCGCGACAAGCGGCAGUAUACGCUCGUCAUGCAGUCGCACCGGAAGGCGCGCAGCCGGCCGGCCGGCGCCGCGCCCUGCUGA